GCCCACCAGUGUCUUCAGGAAUUCAUACAAGAGGGCACAUAUUUGUCUGGAAAGGUAAGUCAUGGAAUGAGCUCUUGCUGUCUGUAAGCUUAAACGAAAAUCUAAAGUUGGAGAAAUUGAACUUCCUAAGAUGAGAGUUAUGCCCAAAUAUUAUUUCUCGGGAAGAGGCUUUCGGUCUCAACGAUACCUUAGUGCGAGCUUAUGAAUAAGACCCCCUUUCUUGCUUAAUCACUUCAAAGACCCGUUUAAUAUCCCAAGAUUUGUUUCUACAUACAAUGGCUUCCUUUAAAGUUUUCCAUCCUAUUAGCUGAAAUUUUCUGAUCUAGUUAUUUUUUCCCUUUCUCCCCAACUUUCUUUUGUGGUUAGGCUGUGAGAGUAAUUUUGUUGUUGGUGUUUGCUUCUUUAUCCUCACUUUCUGAUGUAUUGCUUUCUACAGAUCCAACCAUUUGCCGCUCAACUCCUCGACAAUACACAAGGUGCUCCAGGCAUUCCCAGUGUUCGAGUCAGGUCUGGUCGCUCAGGCUUAGAACAGAAUUUGUCAGAGCUUGUAAUUCAUACUACGACUGUGCUUCAGUCCGUUAAUCACGUGACCAUUUGCGAACCACUGCGACUGCUGAUGGAUAAUCCUGCGGCCUUAAUGGUACAGUUCUGUUUUUGCUUUUCUUUCCUUUUUUUUUUUUUUUGUUCUUGAAGGACGGUUCCUACCGAUUGCCAAAAUGCAAAAUAUGAAUUGCAAAUAAAAUGAAAGAAACAGAUGUGCUCCUCGCAGUUUUAAGAUAAAGGUAAAAAACGUACCAAAUGCAGGCUUGGUUAGAGUGUGAAACCGAUGACCAGAGACACUGUUUUGUCCAAUGGACCAUUUUCACGAUGACGACAUUUGACUACAUUUCGUUUCUGCUUUCCUAAAUUUGUGUAAAUCCCGCUUAUGUUUAAAAAACAAUGGCUCUUAUUUGCACAAUAAUACAACAAACUGAAGGACUCUUGUAGUUGUAGUAAAGUGACGUCAUCGAGCAAUUGUCCUGUUGAGGUAACAGGGCACUUAAGAACCGAGAACGGUGAAGCUGGCGAAAACGUCACUUACGCGCUCUUACAGUCUUCAUCGCCAUCUUUUUGUGUCUUAGAACGCAUACCUACCCACCAUGCCUGAUGACAAUCUGCAAGAAGCAAUGGCGGGAAUGCGAGAGAGUGGAAAAUGGUAUCGUAAGUAUCAAAGUGGUAAAUUAAAGCUGUGCAGGCAGUUAGCUGACUUGAAACCGCAGUUUGAUGCCUGACAUUUUUAAGACAAAAUAGCUUGAACAGAAAAUAAGGUCCAUGUUUGCUCUCUGGCAUUAAUAAACGUGAAAGACUUGAUCCACAAAAAAUUUACUUGUUUAUGUGAUAACAUGGAAAUAUACAGCUCAACUACUUACGUGGAACCUUUCCUCCCCCCUCUCUACCCGGCGUUCAAAACCGCGAACGUCACUGAAACAUGAGGUUGUGAUUUAGUUUGGUGAAUUGUCAGCUAUUAUUGCGCUUAUUGCGUGUGUCGGUGUUGUUGGUAUCCAAAGGUCGCUCCUUUUAAAUGCAUGUUAAGCAAAAGUAGGGGUGUUCUGUUUCUGUCAGUUCAAAAAUUCGAGGCGUUUCCGACUGGUAUUAGAUUUGAUAACUGAAAAUACUAACUGCAAGUUUAUUGAACGGCUUCAAAACCUGGAAUUUAAGCCCAGAAUAAUUGAGCGGGAGGCACAGUCUCUUGUAUUUUCGUCGAUGAUUUAUGAAGGUUUAGUCCGGAGACGCUCUUGAACAAAGGUCAGGGAUGUUCGACUUUUGAAUACAAAUACGUCGGCAGUUUACAAGUGACAGUUAUGGACGACAAUGCAAUGUUUGGUGAAAUAAAUAAACUUUGUUUCCGGUGUUAUUUUGUUGCAGAGUGCCCCAACGGACAUCCCUAUUACGUUGGAGAAGUAAGUGACGCUUUUUACUGCCAUUUUAAAAGUUGCAAGUUUAAAACAAGACUUGUACCGUGGUCACUAACUCUACAUAUCUGUUUUCAUGGUUUAUUUUUACAUAAAUGUCAAAUCACAAGUUUCUCUUUCUCCUAACAAUGUUCUGCUAGGUUCCCUUGGUCUUACCGGUCGCUCAAGAGACCGGAUUCCACACCAGGCAACUGAGUAUUUCUCAUGCUCCUUAGACAUGUUUAUUGUUUUAUUUUCAUUGUGAUCCUGUUUCCUUACCUUGCAGUGUGGCUGCCCUAUGGAGGUGAAGGCUUGUCCUGAGUGUAAAAUGAAAAUCGGUGGUAAAGAACACAAACCCUUUCGAGGAAAUACUAUAGCUGAGAGGUAUGUAUCGUUAUCGUUAUCCUUUCCCCGCCGACCUUGUAUAAGUGAACAGAAAAUGACAGGAACUUAAAAGAGGCUAACGACGUGCGUAAAUCCUUAAGCAAAGUGUUGGGUUCAAGGAGUCUUCAAGGUAAUCGUGGUAUUCUGAAAUGGCCUGGCUAUCUUACUUGGUAAAAGGUUGUAAUCUCACACAGCCUCAUAGAGCUUACCACUAUUCAGCAUAAGCAAGUUCUCUUUUAGGUGGACUAAAUGCUAGCUUAUCUCUUGGUGAUUUCCACAAUUAUCAGCUCGCCACUAACUACUCGCUGCCAUAGAUCUCUCUUAGAGAGAGGGAUCUAUGCAGUGGAAAAUGCAAUUGGUAUCCCAAGUGCUUAUCAACUGGUUCAACAGCAGGACAAAUUUAUCCUUUGCAACAACUUGAGACUACAAUCUUGGACAAAACUGUUGAGAAAAUUGUAUACUUGGGGAAAAUUUUUCUAAACAUCGAAGCUGUGUCGGUUCGUCCCUCUCCCCCUUCCACUGAAAGCAAUGUUGUUGUGAUUCAAAAGAAAGCCUGAUUCCUGGGCGUUUGUAGGAAGCAACAUUGAACUGGAGGAAGGAGAUUUCUUUCCGCAAAGGCGUCGUUUUGGAAAUAGUUUUGUUGCGUAGAAAAGUGGACAUGAUGGGGAAAACUUACUCAGGUAGUUUUGUCCGGGAUUGUAGGUUAAGAGAUCGACGCGUUGGUUUGUAAUUGCAAUUGUACAUUACGAUUUUAUAGUAUCCAUUCCCUUCGGUGCUUUUCAUGGAUAACUAGCAAAACUGGGGGGGACUUUAGCCCGACUGUUUAAUGCGCAAUUUAUAAUUGAUUAAGCAAUGAUUUAUGAAUGCCACCUGAUCUGAAAGUGAAGUUGAGAUAGACCACCACACCGGGGACCACAUUCUCUACUCUUUACGAACAGUGUGUGGUUUCUUUAUCGUCCCAGAAAAUUUUAUGUGAGCUAGGGCUGUGAGACAGGGUCUACGGUUUAUCGUCCUUAGCCGAGAAGACUAGAAAGUCCAACCGUUUGCAGAUGUCAUGACAAAGGCGGCACUCUCUCCUCAGUUAUUUGAAGACCCUGUCUGUUGGUUUGGCCGAGGUUUGAACCCGCUGCCUUUCGCUCGGUAGAUGUACGCUAAUCCAACAAGCUAACUAAGGGUAGAAUCCUGACGUUCAGAGAUAAAGUGUGAUGCUCAUUAUUCUUGUCAUAUAGUGGGUUAACCAGACACAUCGGAAAUUAGUUUGCUCAAAUCGACUCAUCACAUUGAUCAUGAAAGGUCUUUUACAAGUAUAUUUUUCUUGUUCUGUAGGGCUGACCGCACAAUGAUAGGCCACGUUCUUGGGCAUCCCAGUAAAAGGGCCAAAGGUUUGGUUCCUGAACGGAACCUUUCGUCCGUAGUUGUGGGAGUCACAAGGGUUCUUAUGCAUUGCGCUAUGAUAGAAGGAGCCUGCCGCCAACCACAGGUGAUUAAAAGUCGCUUUUUAUGUCUUGAGUGUCAGGGCAGUGUUGAAAAAGGCUAACACAAGCUUCUAUUUUAGAGAAGCAGCUAGAAGCUGUCUCAUGGAAUUCCCUGAAACUUUAGAGACCAAGCAGACUAUUUCCUUAGUUGCUUUCAAAUCCCUUCCUGGAAUAAUCCGUUUAGCUCGUCACUGCUGACAAAUAAAUAAAGCAAUUGUCGCAUUUUGUUAUUUAGUAUCCGGAUUAAUAUAUUUUCGAAGCGUUGUUGAUUUAUACUAUAUUGCUAGAAUUACGCAGUUAACCAAGGCCCCUUUAAACUGUGUAUUGCCACCGAAGUUAAAAUCAAAUGAAAUAAAAUGUGAAUGCCAGUCAUUUAGAAGGGAGUAAAACAUUGACAGCUGUAAUAUUUAUGAUAGUAUGGAUGGAUAACUUGUUUCUCAUUAUCCCUGUUUUGUGUCUCUGUUUAGGGUUUGGGUGCCCUCAUCCAACCCAAAGUUCCCCCCGCGGCCUUGGCGCAGUUUUUAUGGGAUCACCUCCAGAUGGACCUACAGCUUCUCGCCAAAAGCCUUGGAAGAAGUGUGGAUGAUACAGUUCUUUGCGUUCACAUGGUUCUUGUGCAAUUGACCACGCUUAUUUCUAACCGUGAAUUGAAAAGCACAGUCGAACACCGACCAAAAUGACAACCAUACCAUGGCUAAGGGAUCAGAGGGUUUUGUGUUGUGCUUAAAUUGGAGUUACCUAACGUUACUUGUGUUAAUUAAGUUAAACUGGAAAUUCAAAAUGUUAAAUGCUAUAAAUGACUGCGUUGCGUACAGGUAUUCGCACUUACGCGGAUCUAUUCGGAAUAAGCUUACGCAGCUACCACGCAUCACUUGAGUAACUCUGUUAAGUCGAAACUUAUUUUGCUCUCGCUGUUCAAGAACCUAAAAUGUCCACGUUAUUUGAGUUAAAAGUGCACAGAAAGCAAUGCAUAUGAAUAAUAUGGGCAACUGAAACAUUUAAAUACUUAACUGACCGAACUUUUUAAAAAUGCCUAACGAGAUCCAUUUAAUUUCUUAAGGCCCUAUGAACCCGUGUUCCCUGAGUAGUUCUGGUGAAAUUUUUUAAAAAAGAAGUUCUGACACUUGAUGACAUGAUCGUCUUUGUAUCACCAGUCUUUGAAAGAUGGAGGGGGCAUCAGUGAACCCAUAGCAUUCUUGGGAGAGACGAGGGGAUGACGAAAAAAUCCAGCGACAUUUGAAAAGAGCAUGGCAAAGAGAAGAAAUAACCACUUCUUAUUUUAAUCAACUUGAGUUAUUGGAAGGUUUUUUUUUUCGUUAGAAAAUAAACCUUGCAGCUUCCUACAGGUCAAGUGUCUAUGUGUCAUGCAAGACACACGAAGAAAUCUUUUACCCGUUUUCAGAUCUCUUGCUUUUAUUUUAGGACAACCAGUCGUGAAUGUCGCCCCUGAUUUGAGGUCCAAAGAUUCUCGAAGAAAAUGGGAAACAGCUUUCAGCAACAGGGUGGUGGCUCCAGUGCUUACGGUAUGCCGACUUUACUUUAAAAUAAUGAUAUUAUAAUAAUGAUAUCAUUUUGAUGCUUUUGGAUUUUCUUAUUUGAUUCUCACUUCUUAAGAACCUCGAGGGAAAGAUCCAAAAUUGCUUGGAAAUGAUGGUUGGAGACAAUCGACUGGGUAAGUUUUUACGUGUUAUUUCAAAGUGUACAUUAUUUAUUUAUUUGUCUAUAUUUUUGCUUUUAGUUAAUAAUUUUAGAGAACCAACUAACCACCCAAUGCGACGAGACUGAAGUACACAUUAAAGUACACGAAGGAAUGCUCGGAAAAAAAACCAAGCCCCCUAGCAGGAAUCGAUCUCACGACCCUCCAAUCACCUUUUGACGACUCUACCCACUGAGCUAUGGGUGACUCAUAUAGUGAGCAGGACGUACACUUGAGGUAGUCACAGGACUUCGCAUCUCAAGAGGACACAGGUCACUUAUCAAAGCAAAGCUAAAUACCUGCAUAUCGUAAGCACCUAAACUAAGAGUUGUGAACACUUAACAGAUUUAGUGAUUCAACCACCCAAUGCGAUCACUAAAUCUAUAACUGACACAACUCUUAUUUAAUUUGCUUUCGAGAUACAGGUAAUUUAGUGAGUGUUUUGUCUUUGAUUAGUGUCCACUGUACUCGUUACAUGCGAAAUUCUGAGUACCUCAAUUGCACCUCACGCUCACUAUAUGAGUCACUCAUAGCUCAGUGGCUAGAGCCUCCAAACGGUAACUGGAAUCUCGUGGGUCAGAAAAAUUUAACCGGGUCUUUGUGUACGUUAAUAUCUACUUCAGUUUUUUCAGUUAAUUUACAUUUUCAUUAACUGGUUUAUUUAAAUCCGUUUUGUCCUUAUAGAAAACAUGAUGUGCUUUCCGCGCCGUGUAGUUUUGAAAAGCAGAAAACCCCAUUACGUUAAAUGUAUCAUUCCGAUUCUUUCAGGCAACAACCCCCUGAUGCGCCAGCUAUAUGAGGUAGACAUCACACCUGAUGAUCUGUCUGUGAGUAUCUCUCCUACAUGUCCCGCACUGUGGAGAUAUCGAACUCAGGUGACUCUCGAUCACCUGUCACACACAUUUCAACAAGAGGUGGCCUCCACCGAUCCCGAGAGGAACAAAGUGUUAGCGGAGUUUUUACGACAGGUGAGUGCAAGUUAGGUUGCAUUUAAGGAGCUUUGUUACCAGGCUAUUGCUGUCUUGGGUCAAUGCUGUGCAAAAGUUUUUAUUUAGAGACUUUUCCCAUACACAAAAUGCUCCUGAGGAGUUAUGAAGAAGAUACCAAAUAAGUGUCAUCAGGGAGCACUAUUAAACCACAACAAUUUUCCGGUGAUUUUUGCAGGCACAGCAUUGACAAUUGAAUUUCACCAUCCUUGCCAUCCGUUACAAAGGACAACAGGAAAAAGUUCCACGGCCUAAAUCUUAAUCGGCACCAUUAUUUUUGGAAUUCAAUUGAUGCUAAGACAAGUUUUAACUUUUUAAAUAUGUAGCAAAUAGAGUGACAUGGCCCCUGUGCUUAAUAGGUUUGCUAACACCAUACGAUUUUGUCAUUGAAAUCAAUGGCUGCAAAGGAAUGUUACUAUUAAAGACAAAGUGAUAAGUAAAUAACAGUGUGGCUCCUUGCAGCAAUAAAAAUUGUCUGUGAACAGUCCCCCGAGGGAGCUACAAUCAGGGACAAACCUAGUUGACACACUUGUUUAAAACGGGUGCUUUUAACAAACAUUUAAUUCAUUUAUUAUUUCAUUCUUUUUAAACGCCGUAAAUCCCCUCACCUCCCGAAUCAAUGUUGUCUGAAGUAAAAAAAAAAGACGUGAGGGUCCAAAAUUCAACAUUGAUUUUGGGCGGAAGAGGUUGGGGUAGACAGGGGAAGGGGAUAAGUAUAUCCACUAUGCAAAAAGGGGCCAUUUUAUGGAAGUGUGUCAACACUUUAGUCCCUCAUUGUAGCUUCUUCUUUGUCCUGUAACCCACUAUAGACCUUGUUCACAGGCCGCAAUAAAAAUACUGCCCAACUGUCUACGCCCCUUCGAAUCAAUUUAAGCCCUUUUCAAUAAACUAUGUACUUUUGUACUCGCGGAUAAUGGAUAUCUAUUAGUGUAAUACAAGACGUAGAAAUUAUGAUCAUCUCCUUUCUCCUCUUUUUUAGGAACACAAUCUCCGUGCCCUCCGCUUUUUGCCAGAUAUCAUUAAGCUACAGCGUCUUCUCAGGGAAAAAUUCCAUCGCAGAAUCGACAGGGCAGAAGCAGAGCAUAUCACAAUUCGAAAUUUCCUAAACAAGAUUCCUUCUAGUAAGUUUAUUGUCCGAAUAUGAGAUUACCUAACAAUAAAAGCCUGGCAACUAAUUAUCACUGGAUGAAAAAACAGAUUUGAAAUGAGAUAAAUGUGGGACAAAUGUGGUCUAAAUAUAAAAUUUGUCAUAUUUGUUCACAUUUGUGCAAAGCACAAAUUAGACAUUUGUCUUUAAGACAAAUAGGAUAAUGAUGCAUUUGCUAUCUAAGACAAAUGUGAACAAAUGCUGUGUAAAUGUAGGACAAAUUUAACAUUAACUUUGUGACAAAUACAGAUAAAUGAGCCAAACUGCAAACAAAUGUGUUCAAAUGUGUUCAAACUUUGUCAAAUAACAUAUUUGUAUGGACAAAUAUAGAGCAAAUUUUAUAUUGUAAAGUGAGCGUGCCAGGCCAGUACAUACGUACUACCCUUCUCUCUUUUCUUCCCUGGCAUCUACCCCUUUAUUGCUUCUUGCAAUUUGCACUUAACACUAGCUUUCAACCUUCCUUUAAAGUGGACUAAUGCUGCAGAAGUUCAUUCAACUCAACUAGGACAGGUUGAAAGACCAUCAGUUCGAUCCCUUUCCCCCUCAUUUAUCACAACCCUUGCCUGAAACCCUGAUAUAACAAAGACACUGCUAAAACAGUAACAAUCUUCAUUGCACUUUGUUCCUUAAAACUUCUUAAAAUUAAUAUCAGAGUUCCACUGUAAAGGGUGCAAGGUGAUUACAAUUUUUAAAGAAAAAUGACUCAAGCAUUUUAACUGACAAUUCUCAUUUAUUUCACAAAGCUUGUCCUGAUCUUACAAUUAACUGUAAAACAAAACUAAAACAUUAAGUUUAACAAGUGUCAGUUCAUUUCAGGAUGACCAAGUCAAAAGACUUUAUUAGGUAGAUAAAUAAACAGAAAGUGACCAAGGUGGGAUUGCAAAGAUCACUUUUUUUCCGAAGUGACCGAAAUGGGGUCUAUAAUAUGGCCACAGAGUAAACUAUCGGUAUACAGUAAUGGGAUAGGGAUACUGAGAGGCCAGCAGCACAUACCCAGUAAAAAUUAACCAUUAAAUAAAACUUUCCCUUCAGGUACCAUUGGUACAACAUCCAACAAAGUGUAUCUUUAGUUAAUUACCACAGGAAAGAUAACAAUCUUCAUUGCACUUAGUUCCACUGUUAUUAGAGUAUGUAAUUUUAAAUAAUAGCUAUUAAAAACACCUCUGUUAAGUGGACACCUUGAGAUGGUCCCUGUUUCUCUUUAUAACUCACUCUAUUUGGAUCUCUAUAAGACGGAUAUACCGAGUCAGUAGUGCUGGUCCCAAAGGUGUCCAUCUUAAAGAGAGUUGACUGUCCAGACAAAAUAUUCUUAUUUCUUAUAUUAAAAAUAUAUCUAAAUGCACUUUAGGAAAUACCAAUAACAAAAAGCAAAUGCCUCACAAUUGCCAAGGUUUGUUUGGUGGGCUAUUGAUACUUGCCAAAGGUAACAAAACUAAUGAAAUAGCUGACUUCUGGAGUGACUGCUAGAGGGUUUAAUGUACAUUUGUCAUUAAUCAAUAAUGCUACAAAGACUUGACUAAAAUUUGGUAAACAGCAAAAAUUUCACAUAUCAUAAUAUAUUUUUGUACACGCAUCUUAUUGAUGGCUUGAGAAUUUGCAAAGUAAUCAAAGACUAUACCAUUUGCACUCUUCAAUGUUUGCCACAGUUAACCAAAUAAUCCAAGUUACAUUUAUAUAAGCUCUUAGAAAAUCCAUAACAUGUACUGUUAUUAAAAUCUAUAAACAAAUAAUGGACUUUGGACAUUUAAGCCAACAGUUAAACCCUGAUUAUCUGGACCUCAAUUAACCAACUUUUUGAUUAUCACAACUUUUCCUCUGGUGAAAGAUUUCUUAAAUGAAUAUUGCAAAUAAACGAGAAGGUAAACCUAAGCCUGAUUUUCUUUUGGCUUCACAUCUUCGAAAGAGUCAUUGAAAAGUUUUCUUUUGUCUUUGAAAAGCAGAGUUGGUACUUUUAUGUGAUGUCAGCCUGCAAGGAAAGUCGUGUCCAAUAGCCCGGGGCUAGUGGAUUUUGCUAUCAGGCUAGUGAUUUUUGUUCUUAACUUGCCUGAUGGGCAAGUGCUGUUUUUUGGAGAAAUUCAAAUUACCGAAGGAUUGUAAUCAAUCCUGCUAAUCAAAAAGGGUUUGGGGGCUAGUUGAAAUGACUUGUGGGCUAGUACGGGGUAGCUACAGCUUGCCAGAAUGGCAGGCUGUAAAACUGACUUUCCUUGCACCCUGGAAGUAUAUGAUAAAUUAAACUACCCUAUUAAGACAAAAAAAUGCCACAGUUGAUUAUCUUCUGUGAAAGGUAGCCUCAUACUACUAAUAACAUAUACUUUUCUAUUAUCUCCACUCUCUUUCUCAUUAAAUUCAUAUGAAUUCAUAUAAACAAGGCCAGGCCAGGUUGUGUAAUGCUAGUUUAUGCAAACUUUGAGUUGAGAUAGGAAAGCUUAUAAACAAAUUCACUUUAAAAGUUCUUUUUGUCUGCAAUUUGAUGAUUGGAUGCUCUAAAAAAGAAGAGCACAUUAAGUGUGAAAAUGUUUUUGAACGAAUAAACAAGGAAACCAAAUUAUUUAAAAAUUUAUCCCCGUGUGGGUUCUAAUAAGCCUUAGAACAACUGGGCCUAGGCCUUGACUGAGAAGUGGCCUGAAUGUGGCUCAUGAUGGACCGUCAGGUGCUGGCCUCUCGGAUAUCCCACCCUCAAACCUGGGCUUUGCCAUAGCUCUGGCAUGAGGGAUAAGAUUCUUAAGGUAAACAACACCUGAGGCUGUGCUCUCCAGGUCACCCGUGGCAACUGACUUUUAAUCCUGAGUGUCUAAGGCCCAGUUCAAACGUCAAAAUUCACAUGAGCAGAACUUUAUUCCUGAUUUUGUCUACUUAAAUAGUUAAAUGCGGCAUUUGAUUUAAACGUCAAAUUUAACUCCCUAAACUCUGUUGAAUUUAACUCUGUUAAAAGUCAAUAUUCCCAGUAAUAUAAUAAUAAUUUACCAAAAUUCAUGCAUUAAGUUGGCACAUGUGAAAUGCGACGUUUGAAUCAAAAGUUGAACCUUAGUCAAAUCUUCAACUGUUUCAGUCGCAGAUACGGCAAACAUCGCAUUUAAUUUAAACAGUCUUAUUUAAUUGAUUCAAACGUUGCACUUCACAUGCAUUUAACUCUUGCGUUAAGUUUGGCUCAAGUGAAAUUCGACAUUUGAACCUAGCCUAAAAGAACGUUUUUCAUAGGAACCAUAUCUUGAGCAGUGUGGAUUUCACAGUUUCAUAGCAAUGGACUCAGUCCCUUCAAAUUUUCUUUGAGCACAGCCAUUUGGCUAGAAAAAUAUUUUAACACUCAUGAGGUAAAAAAAUAAAACAUAAAUUUGUGAACAUACUCCUCUUCCACUUUAGAGCCACUUGUCAUGUUUUUUGUCAACCAUCUUUCUGCAUGUUGGAAACAAAACAAAAAUUAUAGUUGUAAAUUUACCAAAUAAAGUGCUAUGUUAGAUAAGCUUAAACUUAAGCUUUGAGACAGAAGCAUAUAACCCUGAUAAGGACUUCUGCUUUGAGAUAACCAUAAUCAUCCAUAAUAUACAUGUAUUUGAUUGCUUCCAACAGCAACUUUCUCCAGGCCAUCGAUCUCGUUUUGUUUGAAGAAGAAAUAAAUAUGCCCCACUUCAAAGACUAACAUUGUACCUCUCCUUUCUCUCAUUUUUGCCUCGUCGUGAGAGACCUCUGCUAGCAGGGAAUCAAAAAUUGGGCGCUUUAAGCUAAGUUGUAGGUUCCUGUGAUGUUUGAUACAACGCAGGCAAGUCGGCGCCUUUGAAGACACGCUAUCAGUUCAGCUCCAAAGAAUAAGCACAGACUCUCACGAUCAAAAGCAUUUCUUAUAUCAUCAAAGCAACAAGAAAGUAAACCUACCCUUAAAUCCAUUGGAACUUUUCCUUUAGAUUCUCUGCGUGACAGUUUUGAGCCGCGUUUGCUGUUAUUUAGUCGCUCCUGUUUUGCUAGUUAUGCACUUAUCAAUUGAAACCCCGACCCCCCCCCCGACCCCGGGCCAAGGUGGGGAUUUGACUUGACAUCAUUACAAAUCUUAGCAAACUCCCACCCUACUGGGGCAUAUUGACUGGUAAAACCCCCACCCAGGUGGGGAAACCUUUUUAAUUCCCUGACUGACUUUAUUAAUAUUUCGUUCGAAUUUUCAACUUCUUAAUAUUGACAAAUUUACUACAGCAAAAAGGCAAAUAUGAUAACAGACCAAGAUAUAAAUACAACAAAUAUUUGACAAUAAGUAAACAUAAUGACCCCUACCCACUUAUAAAAAAGUCAGGGUACAAAAUGGAUGAUGGAGUAGCACAUUGCUAUAAAGUUAUAUUAAAAGGAAAUCCGUACCAUCUCCAUUGAAAGUAAUAUCUGCAAUGAUAAGUUUAAUUGAAAAUAGCAGCCAACAUACCUUAACCUUCACAAGCUGAUGUUAUAAAUAGACUGCAUAAAAUAGUUCCUAGGAGCUAUAUUUUAUAUUUUGGCUUAAAGAAUGAGGAAAUAUAGAACUUCAGAAACCACAUGGGUUUAACACUAGACGUUAAACGAGCUGUGUCAUGAAAUUUACCAAAAUGUAGGCUGUGGGAACUGCCACCAAAUUGAGUGAAACAUAAAAAUAACCGCUUAAGACAUUAAAAGAUGGUAUAAAUGACUCAGCAAAUACAAAAGAAGGUACAGAUGGGAAAACAUGAAGAAGAUUAAAACGGAUUGAAAUUUUGGUUUUGAAAACUUGUUAACCUAACAGUUUUUCAAAGUUCAUUGUUUUCGUCCGUAACGCUUGAUAUGCUUGGGAGAAACAUCUGUUUAAAACGAAGCUUUGAUUUCUUCAUUUCUUUGCCAACGUAACGCUCAAAAGCGAAUAGGGACCACGUAACUGGCAAUAUUAACAAAAUGAACCAGAUAGCCAUGACACAGCACCUUUUAUAAUAAGUAGAGGAGUUUGUAUCUGCAUUGUUUGAGAAGUUUUGAAUAACAAUAACAAUUUCCAGUCAACGAACCAUGAAAGCUCAAGGCAAAAUCGCAAAGGAUUAGUCUCAGUGAAGAAAUGAAAGGAAAAACAAUUAGGAAACUUACGGCUGAGCAAUACAUCAAAAUACCAGUGAUCACGUGAAGAAAUUACCGUGAGGAAACUAGGCACGAGUCAAAUCCCCACCUCGCUCCCCGACUUCCAUGGACUUCCAUGAAUAUGCUAAGCAAAUCCUGAGAAAUCCCCCACCCCCACGGGCUAACCAUGCCUUCAAAUACCAUAAAAAUCCCCCAUAUUGCCCCACAUAGGCCCGGGGUGGGGGGGGUCGGGGUUUCAAUUGAUAAGUGCAUUAUGUUAUCUUGCUGAACUGCUGCGUUUGCUUCUUUCAGUUUCUUCUGGCUCUCUAAAAUAGAGUCUAGUCUCCUGUUCAUGUUUUCCAUCAGGAAAAGUUGUCUUUCUUCAGCAGGAUUGCUUGUAGCCAUGAUUGAACCAUAAAAUACGAGUCUAAAGACAACGAAAACUAAGGGCCAAGCUGACAAAGAACUUUUCGAAAUGAACUGAAGACGCUGUCAAAAUGGUGAUCAAACAUACCGCGCGUGUAGCCGUAGACAUUUGAUUGGCGUUCUAUCGCUGACGUAACUUUAACGUCACAAUAUCUGAACGCGAGUACUUUUCGCGCAUUCGCGCGCGCGUUCAUUCAAAAAGACGAUCAAAGAUGAAGGGAUUAGCUGGGAUUAGAGAAUAGGGUGUACUUAUCAGCAGCACUUACCUGGACUUAAGCAUAAAUUCUGGAAUGGAUUUCACGUAAUACUGAUAUUUACUAUAAUUAUUGUUAUAGUGAAACCUCUAUUAAACGAACCCCCAAUUAAGCGGACACCCUCUAUUCAGUGGACACUAAACCGGGUCCCGAAAUUUUAAUUACGUCUUAAAUUUCCCUUUAUAACGAACCCCUAUUCAGCGAACACUUCUAUUAAGCGGACGCGGACACUAAAAUAAAUUGUAUUUGGCUAAUUUUUAUUGUUAAUAACCUCUAUUAAGCGGACAGCGGACCGAAUUAACAAUAGUAGUAUUGGAUUACGUCCUUGAAAAACGUGCUGUAGUCGAUUAAUAAAAGUAAAUCAAUACAUUUGGCUGUCGAUAAACUGUAGAUUAUACCGAGAGUCUUGCACAACGUACAGCACGGCUUCCUUAGCUUCCUUAACAACAUGGAACUUUAUCACAGUACAGAGUAACCGUUGAAAGUUAAACAUUGCACAACUUUUACAAACCCUGUUAAGCGGACACCCUCUAUUAAGAGGAGUCUUGGGAAGGUCCCGAAGGUGUCCGCUCAAUGGAGGUUUCACAGUAUUAUUAUUAUUUUUUUUUCUAUAGUUAGGUCUUUUUAUCGGGAAAUUGGUACGGAAAAUUAACAGCAAUAGAUUUAUAUCUCGCCUCAUGGAUCAGAACCUUAUCUUAUUAAAAUCAGCGCAUUGACUUUUACGCCAUCCACUGGGACUGUUGAAUUGAUUUUUUAUAACUCUAUUGAUAUGGACGUUUUCUUUAUAUGAAUAUUUUACUGAAAUUUUGUGUGUAGUUUUUAUAAGAUUUUAAAAAAGUAUUCUUUUUAUUAUUAAAAAAGUUAUAGUUUUCAAAAUUGUCACGGUACUUAUUUACUUAUUUAUCUUAUAUUUGUUAUAGCUUAAACAUGACAUAAAGAGUUCAGUGAUUGUACAGUGGGACUCCGAAAUAACGAAGAAUAUUUUUUCUAGUCCCUUGGUCUUUCAUUAUGUCUAGCGGUAUAUAUGGUGAUGUGGUUUAGACCCUAUAGUGUAGGGUGGUAGUGCAAAUAAGACUCUGCCAUAUGACUGAAUAAUUUUGGUCUUUUGACUAGAGUUGAACUUUCAUAUUUUCAGUGGCACAGCAUAAUGAUCAAAACACUGACAACUCAUCAGUUUUAAGGAGUCAAAGGGAGGAGGAAUUCUUUCCUUUUACAUCUAAUCCAACUUUUCAAUCUUGGUAAUAAAAAAGGCUAGUGAGCCUCACACUUGCAACGCAAGGUAACUUUCUAGCAUACGCUAAAACUUCAAAAGACUUCUUUUUAAUACAUGGAUAUAAACAAAUUGUGAUUUUUAUGAAGAGACGGUAAUUUCCCUUUUAUUCACUUCACUUAAAGUAAUUUUUAAUUUCCCUUUUAUUCACUUCACUUAAAGAAUUUUUAAUGUUUAAAUUUUUAUCGUGUAGUCGUAAUUUACGCUGGGCCCCUAUUGAUACCAGCCAAUGGCUGAUAGGGCCACUCUGCCUAAAUAAAGUUGACUCUGACUUGACUUGACUUGAAUACAGUGGAACCUCGAUAUAACGAGCCUCUGUAAACGUUUUAAUCAGUGUAUAAAGUACGGUAAGUUGAUCGGAGCAUUGAUCUAGUGUGAGUAAGGCGCAAUAAUAGCUAGCCAGAAAAUCCCUCAUUGCAAUUUCUACAGAUCUACACCUACAUGCAUCUACGAGUACUUGACAAGGGUUACUCAUUGCGUCAAAAACAACCAAAUAAAUAAAUUAAUUAAUUAAUGAGACAAACAAUAGCCUUGUUUCUAAACAAUUCAGAAAAUCAUAUAGCGAUUUUACUAGAACGAGAAGUCAAAACGUUAUUUUUCUCGUAUUUGUCUUGUUUUAAGAUAUCUUUGUACAAGGGCAAAUAUAAUGGCAUAUUUGAAUCACAUUUGUCUCACAUUUCCUCAAGACAAAUGUGAUAACAGAUUUGUCUCACAUUUGGGACAUUUGAUGGGUGGACAAAUCUGACAUCAGAUUUGUCUUAGAUUUGUCUUUAAGGCAAAUAUCAUUAAAUUCAAUUUUUCGUCCAGUGUAUAAUCACUGUGGAUAGAAACAAGGAACAAAAUACUUUCUUUUAUGUUUUAGAUUUCAACGGAACUGUCUUCAUUUGACUAUUUUCUUUGGAUUUCCUUUGUAUUAUAUAAAAGCCAUGCCUCCGGGUUCGAAGGGCUAGUUUGUAUCACAAAGAAAACAUCGGUGGAUGAUGCUUUAAACGUUUUUAUUCAGAUUUAAUGCGUGCUAACAAACUUAUUACCCGAGUAUUUUGUUAUUUUCUUUUGACGAUAAGAAUCUAUUGUUUACAAGUGACAAAGCAUUUCAUCAUGAUUCAAAUGAUACCUCAUGGGUUCUCGAAUUACGGCAGUAUGUGAAAAGACAUUUUCCACUGCGCCAUUUUAGCACAGAAAGAGCUUCAUGUUAUGAAACUGUUCGGAUAAAUUGUCCAUGCAGAUAACAAUAUCUCGUACCUUUUGUUAAGCUUCAAAAACAUAACAGCAUAGAAUAUUAUGUUGAUUCUCUUUUAUUUGUAUGAACAAAACGAGUUUGGUUUUUCUGAUUUAAUUUGAAUUAAGAAAGUAAAAAAUGAAAACUUUCUUAUGGUUUCCUGCGACAGAAAAAUGGUGGGUUGUAUCACGUGAUACCCGUGUUCCUUUCUGUUACCAUGUGACCAAAAAUAACCAGUAAAAUCGGGCCAAAAUUAGCCUGCGCAGCUGGCGGUAUCGUCUCGGUGCACGAUUAAAGUUUUGGCGGCGGAGCCGUGAUCCAGAAGGGAGUGGGACGAGGCGUCUAAAAUAUUUCUAUUUCCAUUUCUAUUUCUCGCGGCUUACGCCGCUUGUGGCGGCUUCGCCGCCAAAACUCAUUCGACUACUACACAGUACCGCCAGCUAUGCGGGCUACGCUAAUUUUAAUUCGUAAUAUUCUCCACAGAAACAACUAAAGAUGAACUCACCUCCCUGAUAAUGAGUUUUAACAAUGCGUGGAAUCUUGUCAGACUGAGUCUUGACCAGCAAGGUAUGUCUCCUAGACCUGUCAGUCUGCCUUUACCUUUCUGGUAAAUCACAAUUUUGUGAAUUGCAGGAGCGAGUUAGAUUUGCUAUCUAACCCUUUAAUAUCCCUCGCAAGAAGCUAGCGUCGAUGGUUUUUUGCAAGAAGAACUUGCUCGUUUUAAACAACGGGAAGAUGAUGGUUUUAUCUUUGCGCUAUGAAGAUUAAGUCUUAUUUUACAGAUCCUUUAUAAGGGACAACUGUCAAUAUAAAUUAUAUUGGACAGUUUCGAGUCGUGAACUUUUAGACGAAGAAAAUUAAAGGGUAUGUGCCACCCCAAAGGGUAGGGAUUUUGCACGUUUUGGUCUGAAAACGGAUUAUAGACUGCUCAUUUUGGUCUGGAAUCGGGUAUGGUUUUUAAGAGAACUACGGCAGUGUACGAACGUAUUUAUUGUUUCUAUUCCAAAUGAGUAAGAAAGAAAGAGAAAUAUACCAAUCCGAAAUGGAUUUUAAGAAAUCUUUUUGUUGCUGCUCUAAUCUAAGUAAUGAUGACAUAAUUUCUUAAAGGCCAGUUCUGAGAAUGGGAAUGGAUUUUAGAGGCCAGGUCUGAAAACGGGUGUGAAAAAUGACAUUUUUGGAUAUGAAAUAGGGUCAGGAUUUGGAGAUCCGACUGGUACACCCCUACCAAGAAUUCCCAGGAGUAACCCCGCGAUCUAACGCUAAUAAUAAUAAUAAUAAUAAUAAUAAUAAUAUUUAAUACUUAUUUUGCGCUUUUUCUAUAAAAAUACUCAAAAGCACAUUACAAUAUUAUUAAUAGAGACCUUUAGAUUCGAGGACGACUACGAGUACGAGAUUUAACUUUAAGUUUUUUCGCGUAUUCUACAAAUUUAGACACCCCGGAACGCUUCAUUUUACCAUUUUUCUCUAGAAAAGUUAGCACUGUUAUCUUUACUGACGGACGUUACGCGCUCUCACGCAAAAUGAUAAAACUUUUAACCUUUGAUAUCUUGUUUUCGCCACUUCGACAUUCGCGCUAAAACUCGUAGUAGAAUGACGACGGCUACCACGUUUUCCCGCCAAAAUGACGCUGGUUCACGCGCAAGCACCACUUAGUACAGAGAAAAUCUUGUACUCGUAGUCGUACUCGUCUUAGAAUCUAAAGGUCUGUAAUAACUAAAUUAAAACCAGUAAAAUUACACGGUAAAAUUACAAUAUUACAAUAUUAAAAUUACAAUAUUAAAAAAUAAAAAUAAAUAAAUAAAUAAUCUAACUAAAAGCCUUUUUAAAUAAAUAUGUUUUAACAGAGCGUUUAAAAGAGUCGAUUGAUGUUUCCUGUCUAAUUGGCAGAGGAAGACUGUUCCAUAAAAAGGGGGCAGCCAUCGAUAACGCGCGAUCUCCCAAAGUCUCUUAGCCGAGGUCUUUCUAACAAUAUACCAUUAUUGUUACGGCGUAGUUGGUAACGUGAGACCGGUAAGACAGAGACAAGAUCCUUAAGAUAGCUAGGCGCAACACCGUGAAGAAUCUUAAAUGUAACAAGGAGAAUCUUAAAAUCUACGCGCAAGCGCACUGGUAGCCCGUGGAGUUCUCUUAGCAAAAGGAGUAACGUGACAAUACUUAGGUGCACAGUAAACCAAUCGAGCACUGGCAUUCAUGACUCUUUGAAGUUUCUUAAUUUGAUACUCAGGAGCACCGUACAAUAAACCAUUACAGUAGUCAAGCCUGCUUGUGAUGAACGCGUGAACAAGCCUCUCGGUGGACUCACGAGACAAAUACUUCCUAAUGUGCCGGAUAUUGCACAAAUAAUAAAACGCACUAGCACAAGUCUUAGUCACAUGAGUCGACAUGUCCAGAUGAGAAUCGAACCAGGUGCCCAAAUUGCGCACUGAAGAGGCAGGCGAUACCUCAGCUUGGCCGAUCUUGAUCUUGUCAACGGACACGUUUGAUAACUGUCGUUCCUUGCCAAUGAUCAAGAACUCAGUUUUAUCGUCAUUUAGCAUUAACUUAUCAUCUCUCAUCCAUGCGCGAACGUCACGAAUACAGUUCUCCAUCGCAAUCACAGCAUCAGCCUCGCUGGUCUUAUCAACGGGAUUAAACGAUAUAUAUAGCUGUGUAUCACCCGCGUAGGUGUGAACGGAUGGCAGAUGAGAUUUCAUGAUGUCAAACAGCGAACUCGCGUAGAUAGUAAAUAAGAGGGGGCCCAAACAAGAACCUUGUGGGACCCCGCAAAACAGAUUAAAUUUAACCAAUCCUUUUUUUUUAAACAGGGCGCCUUCGUCCUCCAAGUGAUUUAUGCGAGAAGUCCAUGGAUAACUUGCGUCCUCUUGCAGUACUAUUGCCCAGUACGUCUGGGUUGGGCAUCUGCUCCAUGGCUCUGGUAUUUUUUCUCACCAUAUUACAUAACGAGUUUAACGAACGGUACCAGAAUUUGACGGGUGGAGAAGUGAAGUAAGUAUCUUUCUUGUUACUCAUCCUCCCUCUCGUCUGGAGCUGUUAUAUUUUUCAAUUUUACACUACUACAUGAGAAAUUUCUGCAAUUUGAUUGGCUUAGAGCAGUGGUAUUUCAGAUUAAUUUGAAAUACCUACAUGUGAAAAUUACAAACCUUUUGUGGGCAUUAGUAUAAACAAAUAAUAGCAUGAUUUGUACGUGAUAUUUAGCAUAAAUACCACUUGCGAUAUUUCAAAAUGUCUCAAAUUCACUCGCCUAACGGCUCGUGAAAUUACGUAUAACAAUUUCAAAUAUCACUCGUGGUAUUUAUGCCAAAUAUCACUACAAAUCAUGCUAUUACCUAAUACUAAUACUGUUUAUUCAAAAUAUUUCGCCAUUUCUGAUUGGCUCCAAUCCUCCCUCAUAACCAACCGGUGCUAACCAUAUUUGAAAAAUGUAGUCAAUAACGUAAAUAACCCAUCGAUUCUAUGGUAUAUUGCUAGCAGCCUCGUUUCCACGCAGUAGCCGCCUCAGUUGUGUGGAGCUGUAUGGCAAGGCAGCGAAAGUUGUUUAUGCCAGACUGAACUAAAGGAAAAUAGCGUUCACGGCUAUCCAAAGACAAAAUAACCGAAUUUCUAACUAAAACUGAACAGAAGAAAUGCAAUAAUACGCAAAAACAAUUAUUGCUAGAUAGAUGUCGAGUAUCUACAAUAAAAAGCAAAGUUUACAUCCUGGAACCGUGCCGAGAAACAGGUAAAUGUUUGAAUAUUUUUGCGGUUAGUACGGAUACUAACACCAUUUGUCCUCUCUAGGGACCUGCCUCACAUACAGCCACAAGACAUAACCACAUCACAACUCAUAAUUGCUUAUGACACUGACAGAGAUCUACUUCCGCUCAUCCUGGCUCAAUGCAACUACACUCUGGAGGUGGGUCGGGGAACGUUGGUACAGUACAACUGGGAUGCACUGGAAAGACAGCUGAUUGACAGGUUCAUUAGGGGAAGACCUCUUGUUGAUUUCAAGGUAAACUGUGGAAUUUCCACGUAGAAUUUAGAUUGAAAGAUUGGGGACACCAAUCCACUGACGGGCGAUUGUUGAGUUUAUAUCGAGAAAUCUCUGUGUACUAAUUUUCCCCAUAAUCAUUGACGUAAACACCUUUGAGUGUUUACGUUCCCUAUAAAUCCUUAAAUUUAAUCAUUUUCGAUCGGGUUGUCAAACCACAUUUUGUAAAGAACAACACUGAAACGUUCCACAUUGUAAAAAACUGCAGCAGAGGCAUUCGUUACCGCUGCCGUCAAACAACUCUACAAAGGCCUAUUCAACCGUUUUGUCUGAAAUUAGUCACUCAAGCUUAGAAAGUUGAAUUAUACAGCAAUUAAGAUAGAUUGCGUAAGUUACUUGUGGAAGAACAAUUUCCUUUACGUUUUUCGUAGGAUUCUCAAUGCUCAAACUGUCGACAAGAGAUUAGCGAAUAAAAAGAAAAGAAAAGAAAAAUUGACAAUGGGACCUCAAGUGUGCAAGUGUGGCACGCUGCAUAUCGGUCAAAGUGUUUCGUCAGAUUUCUCUCUUUAUUCACUAUUUAUAUAUUUAUUUAGUAAGUUAAUGACUCACACAUAUAUUUAUUUUCCAAAAAAGGUUUUCACGGUCCCUUGCUUACUCUCAUUUACUCUUUAAAAAGAGCGUAGUGUUAAGAGUUCAUUGCUGCCGUUCCAUUUUCUAUUUAUUGUACUUGAUUUUAAAAGCCCAAUUUGUUCAAUUAUUUUUGUAGGAUGAGAGGUUUGCAUUCAGUAAAGAUAUCCAACUGGACUCUGUCUUUGCUGCUGUAAAGGCUAAAGUUCCUCAGGUAAAACCAUUCUUAUUAGUGUGCUAGAGCUAGCCUGCAGACUAGCCUCAAGGAGUAUAACGACAUUAAAAUUAAUUGUACGAGAAACGGUUACCCCGCGUGACACAUGCCUCGAUUGUAAAGAAGAUUCAAAGUCACGUGAGUACUCAGUUUUUUGCAGUUAUUGGAAACGAAAGAGGCACCUUCAUCCUCGAAUAUAUUAGGACCUGAUUGUAGUAAAUGCAAUCCAUAGUGUUAAUUGUCGUAAUAUCGAUGACCAGAAGCACUCUAAAGAACUGUGCCGUUCAAUUAAACUACGAAUACAUUUUUGUCUUUUCUCAGGUUGCUCUGAGUUCAGCAGUAAGCCGUCAAGUCAUAAGCGAGUCUCGCUCCCUGACUGACAUCUGUGACGUGCUGUCAUCUUUGGAUAUUGCCAUUGGUUUUCUAUCUUCCACUGGGGGAGCUCCUGAUAGGCUCCUCAGUAACUAUCUAGGAAGGGUGCUACGAAUGCAACAAAACACUCUACGGAGUUUGAAGGUAUAUAUUGUAGCUACAACUCAAGUUAAGUUUGUACACUAAAGAAUUGACUUUUGGAGCAACCUUCGCGUGUAUGUGCCCGAUUUUCCUCUUCCCCUUUCCCUUUCGAAUGCAUAUCACUCCGGGUAUUCUGUCAUUGGUAUUCUACACUGCUGCCAAUAGAUUCUUUCUUGGUUAAAUCCAAUACAUUCUACGUGUCUUUUUUCUUCUAUUUUCCCUUUCAGGCCCAGCAAUACUGUCAGUUACGUCACGUGAUCUCUCUCUGGCGACUUCUCACCCUUGAGAGAGCCAGAAUUCUUAUAAGGCGAGGCGAGGUAAGGAAUAUUUUAUAUUUCCAACUAUACCUUACAUUUAACCUUUACGCGACAUUCGCAAAGACUUCUUAACAACAUUCAGCUGAGGAAUUAUCAACCUUCUCAUCAAAACAAAAAUAAAAACAAGGAGACUUGAAGACUUCUUACUUGUGUGUCGUAUAAUAAACGAGAAAGUAGUUACUCCGUGGAAUCGAAACAAACGCAAACAGCCAAUUAAACCAAGCAGACCUCCAAGACAGUAUAUACAUAUCAGACCGAUGUCAGACCCAAAGUAGCUUGGAACAAGCCCUGCAUUGGGGGAAUAUUGUUAGGAGUCGCGCAAGCGGGUAACGAAAAAAAGCGCAUGGGCAAGGGGCUUUGCCACUCGCCCACGCAAUCUCUUACGACUCGCCUCGCUCGUUACUCGAAAUAGAGAGCUUACUUACACUUGCUUAGCACACCACGAUUGAUUCAAGUUUUACUUUUGAUUGAUCAAGUGGGGCACCGAAUUUUGUCGGUCGUUGAUCUAAGUACUGUCAUCCUUUAAGAGAUGAGUAAAUAGCAAUGCUUAUUACUUAACUUUUUUCUUAUUGCCUUUGUAGGAUCCGUUUGAGCAGAUUUCAGACAAGUACAAACAGGUCAUGUCCCAACCUCAGCUGAAGGAGUUUAGCAGUCGGAUGAGAAGGAUUGACUUGGAUCGCUUUGUCUGUGAGGUCCUGGAGCUUAUUUUGCUAAACUUAAGAGGUGAUACAGUCUCCGGAGAAGAAGAAAUGAGGUAACUUUGGAGAGAUUGCCUCCAUUACUACUAGUGUGUCUAUGGUUGACGUAGUCAUCUGUGGAAUGUUUAUCUGUAGUUGGCUAUUUACCAGCAUGAACAAGAAGUUUUAUAUUGGACUGUCAAUUAUGUCAGAGAGGUACUCGACCCUAGGACCUCUAGAUUGCAAGUCCAACGCCCACGCUGCCCCCCUCCCUCUAAUUACUAUGAUUGAUCAUAUAAGAAGCUACACCAAAGAUUCAGAGAAAUAUUUUAUCUGAUAUAGUUCAGUUUACAAAACUCUGCUUGAGUUCCAGCCCACUCCCCAGUGGUUAGAUAUGACCUGGAUAAUUUGCGUAUCAUCUUACAACGGCUGUGUCUCCUUUUAUUCAGCCUGGGUGAUUACAUCGAGUGGCAUCUUGACAACAAAGGACAUGUACCAGUGCCAGGACUGGACGCAUUGCCAUCGGAAGUGCAACUAAAGCACGUGAUCAAUGCUUGGAGAACCUCUGUUGAACUGUGUGACAAUUAUCACGACAAGCGAGACGCUGCUAACGCUUGAAUUAUAAUGU